CGCAAAACUAGGCGCAAAGAGCGGAAGCAAACGGAAGAAGUACGAGAAGACGAGUAGGAAGAAGUAGGGGAACGGUGUGGAAUCGAAUGAGUUAGAUAAGGAGACUCGGAGUAUUCGUAAAGGGUACACGCGUCAGCGCGGAGUUCGUCAGUCCGCGGCCGAGCGUCUGCCGGAAUAACUUACGGGAGCUGUACGGGAGUGUCGCACGGAAUCGUAGUGUAGUAUACUUAUUUACUUAAUUACGAUCCUCAUUAUAAGAUUGAAACAUCGAGUGGAAGAAGAUAAGCAGGAUUAACGUGAUUAACGCGAGGAAAAGUGAUUUCUCGAUCAUCGGAUAAGUUGAAGAAGAUAAGUCAGCGGCAACGGCGCUCAGACAACUUGUUGUGUGAGAAAGAGAAGGAACGAACGUUAACGUAGAAGAGAUGCGAGAAUAUAUAUAAAUAUCGCGUAACUGUGCAUAUGUUUCAUUAUCGAGAGGAAGGAAGAAAAAGUCUUAGAUCGACGAAUAAAGAUAUUUACAUCGAAGAAGAAGGAAGUUAAUUGUUUAAAGGCACGCGAGCCACGCAGUGACUUUGGAGAGACUCUCGAAGAAUGAGGAACCGCUUGUCUCACGCUUGCUAAACGAUGGGGCAUAUCGUGGCGAACGAUACGAUCCUUGAAAUUACCUCGGAUGAUGGAUAUUUCAAGCCGUAUGCACGGUUCGUAACAAUCGCUGCUGCCAUUUGCGCUAUAAUAUUCAGCAUAAUUGGAGUGCUAGGAAAUUUAGUGACAGUAAUAGCAUUAUUAAGAUAUACAAGAUUAAGGCGGCAUGCCACCACAGCAUUCGUUAUAAACCUCAGCAUCUCCGAUUUGAUUUUCUCAGCGAUUAACUUGCCUUUAACCGCCAGCAGAUAUUUGAACGAAGCAUGGGUUCUAGGCGAGACCUUAUGUAAAAUAUUCCCCUUAUUUUUUUAUGGAAAUGUCGCUGUAUCUUUACUGAGCAUGGUGGCCAUUACUAUCAAUAGAUACGUACUGAUCUCACGGUCGGACAUGUACGCUCGUUUAUACACCAAUCGCGGCAUAAUGUGGAUGUUAAUAGCGAUAUGGACGCUGAGCUUCUCGCUGCUGCUGCCGCCGUUGUUAGGAAUUUGGGGUACCUUGGGACUAGACUCGGCCAGCUUUUCCUGCACGAUAUUGAAAAAAAAUGGUUCCAGUCCGAAGAAGUUUCUAUUUGUUCUGGGCUUCUUGUUACCGUGCGUGGUGAUCAGUGUUUCGUACCUCUGCAUAUACUGGCGCGUCCGAAGAAGUCGGAAGAAUCUCGAGGCGCACGCGAAGGAGCGACAACGGAGCUGCGGCGGUUUCCAACGCAGGGAGGACUCUAGAGUAACCAGACUGAUGCUCACUAUCUUCAUCUGCUUCCUGAUCAGCUUCAUGCCGCUGAUGUUGAUGAAUGUGAUCGACGACAAAAUGCAAAUCCCGGGGCUUCAUAUCGUAGCGUCGGUGCUCGCUUGGGCGUCCGCGGUGAUAAACCCGUUCAUUUACGCCGGUACCAAUAAACUGUACAGAGAAGCGUACAAGCAGGUACUGUGCCCUGCUUCGAGUAGAACUCUUACAGUCGGCCCCACGAAGCCGGCGCAUUCCCAUUCGAGCAAAGUUUCAUCACCGCAUACGACGUAAGACACCGCAGGCUGUUGCCGGACAAUUGUUUUUCCUCAAAGCAAUUAACUCUCGGUAAUAUCGUUCGUUAUUCUUUCUAGAGUAAUUGUUCACACGAAGCGAUGGGAUAUGUUAUCAAGGUCUUGUUGCAUUCAAAAGACUUCGGCUCAUUCUUUAUCAUAAAGUUAUUGAUAAAAAAGUUUAACUAUAAAUCUUUUGUUAUUGAUAGAGUUUAAGAGAGAAGAGUUUAACUCUAAAUUUGUAAUCUAAGUUAUUGAUAAGAGUUUAACUCUAAAUUUGUAAUCUUUAAAGCCCGAACUAAAAUUGACGAGUCUAUUUUAGAUGAAAAAUACAUUCAUUAAGGUCCCGCAAGGAUUUGAAAUUAUUCGGCAGCCCUCCGUCAUCGGCGCUCCAGUCCUGUCUGACUUGGAAUUUUCUCACUGCAAAAGAAAUCGCGGAAUGAGAGUCUUCGCUCUCCCUCUCUUUCAAGGUGUUAAAACAGCUUUGAUUACUUCUGAAUGUAUACAGUGUCUAAAAUGUACGCCCUAUUUAUGAAAUUUAUUUUUCUAAUAACUUUCUAAUAAAUAACGAGUGACGCACCUUUUGAAUCAGGACGAGAUCUUAUUAACAACGAGCUCAUCUUCGGUAGUGUGUGAACAAUUAUUCUUUAUAGGUACAUUAUGAAGUUAAAUGGCGUAACACGGUUCUUUAUCGCGCAACAUAUAACCGUACAUAUAAAAUUCCGCGAGACUCUCCGAAGCUCUUGAAAGAUGUCAGAUUUUGUGUGACAUGAUUUCGAUUUUAUAAACCGAAUCGCGUGAAGAAAUUAACGAUCUUUCGAUCAAGUCAAGUAUUCGUCAGGUAUGAAAAAUAUAAAGAGUAGUAAAGUAGAAGAGUGCGUAUAAAAAUGUAUUUUCUGCUCAGAGAUUUUUUCGAUUUUUGUUACAAUACAACGACACUUUUGUAUAACGUACAAAGUAUACAUGUAACUUUCUACCAAAGGAAAAGGACGUAUUUUCAGUAAAAAAUAAUUAGGCAGAUAUAUAAAAUGUUAGCAUAAUAGCUUGAAUGAUUUGCGCGCGACACGAAUCAUGCGCGCGAAUAAGAGAUUCAUUAGAUCACGUUAAGUACUUGAAAUAAUCACAUCUUCACAACAUAAUUAUAAUCAAUUUCCGCUGUUCACGCAAAGUUAUAUACACAAUUACAUAUAUGAAUAUUGAUAAUAUAUUUGUACUUGAAAUGUGUGUGUGAGUAUCACUCGACAGUUAUGAUACAUAUGUGUCCAAGUAUAAUGUUGAAAAAAGUGGAAGUCCUGCCACGAUGAUAUACUUUGGAUACUCUCACACUAAUUUACAAAUAAAUUUGAAAUAUAAAUAAAUUUCUUUAAAUACACAUUUCUCAGGUAAAAAUAUAUCGGCAUAUAAUUGAUUGGGGAGAAAUUCGUCUCUUUUUCUUAAUCGGUAAAUCGAUAAAAUCAGGUCAGCCUGAGUCAAUUAAAGAAAGGAGGAAAAAAUGCGAUAUAAAAAUAUCAAAAAUAAAAAGGCUUAUUUUAUCAAGCGCGCGCGUUUUAUGACUUUUCCUUAACUUUUUCACUUGACUACGUUAAUCUCCUUCGCUUCAGCUACUUGCUAAGAAUGGACGGAAACCGCGUCGACACUUUUAUAGUGUUAUUUUACAUUAACUUACGCUCUAAUGAAAACUAAAGUUGUCAAUACGUAGAUAUGUUACUAAAAAUAUGUGUACAUUGGUAACGAUAAAUGCAUAUUAUUCGUUAAGUCUAUGAGCGAACAUUGUACGAUAUUUACAUUAUUUUGGAAAUCGAGGCCUCGCGUCAUCGAAUGCGAAUGUACUUAAAAUAUACGUAAAGAUACGUUAAGAAUGCUAAUUCAACUCCAAUUCCGGUACAUACGGUUCUGUGAUUGCAGUGAUGGGACAAAUACUCAAAGUAUCCUGCGAGUAAAAGAAUGCAUGUGACAUAUUAAUUGAAUAGCAAUUUCUUUUUUUUUUUCAAGUCAGCAUAUAAAGAGAGAGAUUAUUAUAUAGUUUGAAGUAAAAUCCAUUUGACAUACAGCAAAUUGCAACAUGUAUGAAAAGCCAUUGAUAGCUGAGUAUUGUGCAUAGCUGAUAAGUAAAAACAUAAUUAUAUAGUUAGGGUAAUGCUGUGACACGAGAUAAGAAUGAUGAGAAUGGUGAUGUUGACAAUGAUACAAGCGACGACGAUGAUAAUGACAAGAAUAAUAAUGUGAGGAACGCGUAACAAAAAAGAAGAUUAAAAAGAAUAAAGAGAUGGGAAAGAAAUUAAAAGGAAAAAGAAGAAAAUGGAGAAAAAAGUAAGAAAGAAAGAACAAAAAGUAGAAAGAAUGGAAGGAAAACAUCUCGAAUCGACCGUUCUUUCAUGCUCAAUAAGUAGCGAUAGACAGAGAGUGACAGAAAAAGUUCAACGAUGAUGAGUCAAUAAUUGCCUGCGAAAGAGUUGCGAAAACAUUGCAACUAUUGCAACUAUUAGUCGGGAGGAUAAAAGCGUCGUGUGUCGACGGCGAGAGUAGUGAAAACAAAUAAAAAGGCUCGCGGGUUCGACAGCGUUUGAAAAACGUCUCAAAGGAGUCUGUUUUUAACGAAAAGCUAACCCGAUAGUGCGAGAGAUGAUUAUCAUAUUUUAAGUUAAAAAAAAAAAAGCGAAUGUAUGAGAUGAAAAAUCCCUUGUAAUCUCGUGCAUAGAACGUUAGUGAGAUCGUUGUAAAUUACGGAACAAUAAUAAAAUGUAGAGUGAUUAAUGA